GCAUGAACAAUGCAUCGUAUGAUACUGUCCAUUCCCCAAUAGACGCAGCCGCCGUAAGAGACCGACUAUCAGGCAUGAAGUCCCAGUACAAACCCACGCGUUCCCGAGUUUCGGAGCCGCUUGCAAACCCCAAGUUGGAGACAUUAGAGAGCAGACGGCGACAGAGACCACCCAAAGAGAUAUUCGAUCAAGGUGAUGCCCCAGCGUGGCUCGGCUGGCUGUUUAUCUACGUAUUCGUGCUCUUCUACUUUUCCGUCAGCCGCUUCGUCGCGCUCAAGACUCUAGUGAUCAAGUACAGUAGCGUCGCAGAAUACACUACACGAGUCAAAGUCGCGGUCAUGGGGCUCGGCUUCUUGGAGGACUUCGUCUGCACCACUUACUUCGCUACUUUUCUUUGCGUCUUUGACUCCCUGAAACGUGUAGCAAUAGAUCACUACAAGCUCGCGGUUGUCACUCGUGUAUUCGGUCGUGCAGCCACGUUUCUCGUGUCCUGGGCGCUGUUCUUGGCCAUGAUGGCACCGUUCGUAGCGGACUUACUGCUGGUAGUGCACCGAGACAUGAGAUUUAGCAGCGGUCUUGUUGCUACGGUCAUCAGGGAGCGAGAACACCUCAAGCACGCGCCAAUCACGGAAGAGGAGGUCAACGCGAGCUACCUCAACGCGGUUGGUCUUCUUUUGGUCGCAACGAUCUUCGGCCUUGUGCGGACAUGCGCUGGCUGGGCGGAUCUCUCGCAUUGGAACCCGACAUUUUUGGCGUCGAAUUUUCUGGUGCCGAAACUGAUCCACUUGGCAUCUAGUAGUAGCAAAUGGAUAAACAAGAACGCAGUGCAGGAUGUGGAGCAGAGUCUGGGAGAGGGAGAUGACAACGCACAUGAAGACAGAGAAGCACUGCUAUUCUCUGCGAAGAUUGACGAUACCUAUCGACAUGUCGCCUGUCACCAGGUUGUACAAAUUGCUGCCGUUCUCGUCGGGCUUGUUCUCAUCCCUACGGCUGUCGUGGUGGUUAGUUGCGCUAGUUCACCAUUAGUGGCACACUCGGCCUUGAACGCCACACUGAAUGAGCUGUUCGCCAACGCCUUACAGCCCGCACCGGCAGACCUUACACAUUCCAACGAAUCCAGGGACCAACCUUGGGUAGAAAAGUACAUUCACAAUACCGAGAAGCACGAGCUAUUUGGAAACGGCUCGCUUUACCGCCGUACGACAGGAUUUCGCGGUGACCUGGCAUUCGACGUUGAAGUCAAGAGCGACGACCCACCCAACGUUCUGAUCAUUGGAGUCGAAUCAUUCCGGUACCAAGAUUCGCGCUACCUCGUUGGAGAAGAGGACCCGUCCAACUUGUUCAAGGGCACUGACAUGACCAUCAGUCCGAACUUUGACAGGUGGGCGCAGCGUGGCGUCGCGUUCCGGAAUAUGUGGUCGAGCAACCCCACGAGUCGCUCGCUAGAAAGCAUACUGUUCGCGCAGGUCCCAUAUCAUAGCGCGGUCAAGACAGGUAUCACAGGCGGGGCAAAGCACACCAAACUGACGGGCAUGCCGCAGUUUUUCAAGCAGAAGGGAUAUGAAACGUGGUUUACGACAGGGUCUUCAAUCGGCCUUGACGGCUGGGAUAUCUUCCUCCCUACUCAUGGUUUCGACACUGUGUGGGAUAACUUACACAUGGUGAAGCUGGCUGAAGGUUAUCUUGGUAUUACUCAUGACGAGUGGUACGGCGAAGCGCAUCGCGGAUUGGGCUGGGGAGUUCACGAUGACAUCAGCUUCCAAAUUCUAGGCGAUCUUUUCGUGAAUAAGACCAGGGAGCAGAAGGAGCGAGUCUCCAAGGGUGAGCCGAAGAAGCCAAUCUUUGUCUCGCACUAUACCAUAUCCAGCCACGCUCCGUUCGACUCGUGGCCCAAAUGGUACUCAGAAUCUGAGAAGCCCGACUUCUCUGUCUUCUACGAAGGACACCCCCACGCAGACAUGAUCCAAAGAUACCUGGAAGUGAGGCACUUCACGGAUAUGGAGCUUGGCAAAUUCAUGGAUCGCAUGUGGAAGGAAGGCAUCCUCAACGACACUAUUGUAAUCAUCGCAGGAGACCAUGGUGCCGCACCUGAAGCGGACGUCACGAACACUCACGAGGUCUCUAUGACUCGUGUGGCCGCCGCCAUUGUUGCGGAAGGACGUCUGGGUGAUGCUGUAGGCAUGAUGAUGGAAGAUGCCGUGGAGCAUUAUGACUUCCUUAACACGUUGGCUGAUAUCACUGGCAUUCCAGAGGGAGGGUUCCUCCAGAACGGCGUCGGACGCUCUCUUAAGCGCAAGGUACCCUACGGUGAGCGUGUCGUCUUUAGCAACGAGCCAAACCGCAAAAUGUCGAUCGUGCGUGGCCAUCGACGUCUGCGCUACGACCAAGCGAGCGACUCGGUUAUGCUGCAUGACACUGAUAGGGAUCACGCCAUGAACAUUGACCUGUUCCCGAGCCUCACAGCCGAAGCGCAGGCCGAAUGGCGAAGCUGGCGAGAUGAUGGUCGUCGUCUUGCAGCUUACUACACCAAACGGUGGGACGAAAACUGCCUGCUCGCUGUUAACUGCACGAACUUGUAG